UCCGCCUUUUCUGUCCGGAGUAGUGGCGUCCUCCGGGCUUCCUUUCCCCGCUCGAGCUGCGGGACGGUUCCAAGCAGGCCGAGCGAAUCCACUUCUUGGUGCCGCUGAGCAACAGUUCGGGAGGCCUCCUGAAGAUCUCCACAAACGGGAGGGCCGUCUCUGUAUGUAGCCAGAGUGAAUCUGUCUGGAUUGCAGAGUGAUGGCUUUCAAAUGAGAACUUUUGGUUUUCUUGCAGGAGACUAUAUCCUUGAUUCAAAACCAAAAGAAAUCUCUGAAAUCCAGCGUUUAAACUAUGAACAGAACGUGAGCGAUGCGAUGGCAAUCCUGCACAAGUUUCAGACCGGCCUUGAUGUGAAUGUGAAGUUCACUGGGGUACGAGUAUUUGAAUACACGCCCGAAUGCAUUGUAUUCGAUCUUCUUGAUAUUCCGUUAUAUCACGGGUGGUUAGUAGAUCCUCAGGUUGGAGACGUCGUGAAAGCAGUCGGCAGCUGCAGCUACAACCAGUUGGUGGAAAAAAUCAUCUGCUGUAAGCAGUCGGACAACAGCGAGCUGAGGAAGGAAGGCUCCAUAGCAGAGCAGUUCCUCAGUAGCACAGCCACUCAGUUAACUUACCAUGGCUUGUGUGAGUUGACAUCCACCGUUCAAGAAGGAGAGCUGUGCGUGUUCUUCAGAAACAACCACUUCAGCACCAUGACCAAACACAAGGGCCAGCUUUACCUUCUGGUGACCGACCAAGGUUUCCUUACGGAAGAUAAGGUGGUUUGGGAAAGUUUGCACAACGUGGACGGGGAUGGGAACUUCUGUGAUUCUGAAUUCCACCUGCGACCUCCAUCGGAUCCGGAAACGGUGUAUCAGGGGCAGCAGGAUCAGAUUGAUCAGGACUACCUGAUGGCCUUAUCUCUGCAACAAGAGCAGCAAAGCCGAGACCUCAGUUGGGAGCAGCUCCCGGAAGACAUCAAUGACCUCGAGCUGGCCAAGAAGCUCCAGGAAGAAGAAGAUCGACAGGCCUCGCAGUACUACCAGGAGCAGGAGCAAGCUGCCACCCCUGCCGCCACCCCGGCUGAAGACCAGGAAGCCCAGGACGAUGCCAGCCCUCCCUCAGCAGAAAGGCAGCCCGGGGGCAGCGAGCGGAAGAGGAGAGAGCCGCGGGAGAAGGAGAAGAGUGCCUGUGCCAUUUUGUAGCGGAAGAAGGGUGGCUCUGGAGCCCAGCACAUCCGCUUGAAGUACCAGGGAUCCUGUGAGCGGGAGGCCCACCCGCCACCAGUGCCUGGGGAGCCCACAGCCGAAGGCCUCCUGAAGAUCUCCACAAACACCGCCUUGCCAAGGGAUCUGGGCAGGGGGCAGCCUGCUGUGGAAUGGAGCGUGGUGGGGCGAUGGUCAACGUGCCCCCACAGUGGCAGAGAAGCAGCUCACCGCCUGCCUCGAGGGCACCUCUGGAUCAUCACGAGAAGAUCAGUGUGGGGUCCGACGCCCCGCAGACGGAGUUCAGGCAAGGGGGUCCCUGGACUGGCAGGCUGAGUCCCUCAACAAGCUUCAGCUGAGCUUCCGUGGCUGAUCCGGCCACAAAUCAGGCUUCAGAACCCCUCGAAGCAAGAGGAGCCCAGGUCCCCUCGGGCCUCCCAAGUUUUUCAUCAACUGCCGGGCUCUGGAGGGAGGGGGGGGGGAAAGGAAGCGGAUGCUCCCAUUCGUUUGAAAGGGGCCUCAAGUGUGAGCAGCGUGAAGCUGUGGUCGCCCACCUGCCACAACAGGUGAACUGCAGGUCCAUCGUUUGUCUCUUGCGAGGUGGAUCAUUCCAGGACACGGAUCCUAACAAAUGAGUCCCCUGGACACCAGCGGCCCUUGCUGGCUCCUGGAAGACGCGGCUGUGCUGUCUUUGGAGAAAAGGGGAUACCCCUGGAGGAGGUGGGGGUGGGGGUAGAAUCCAGUUUUGUAAGCCCCAAUCUAAAUCCGCAGGCCACACGUCAUAGGAUGCAUCGCCUCCUGGCUGGAAUUGCCCGUUGGCUUUUGCGAGGAAGGAAGGAAGGGCAGCGACCUUCGUCCUCCCAAUAACUUUAUAGCACUUUGCAAACGCUUUAGACAAUGUUUGCUGUACUUCUAAAGACGGGACUUCAGGCCAGACUUUGCUGUCGAUACACAGAUUUGGGUCCCACGGCAACAUUCACACAGAAUGUGACAAUCUUAAGUGCAGGGAAGGAGAUGAUUGAAAUGUCAGGGAAGACCGGUAGCUUCAUGUGUUUUCCUUUUUGGGAUGGAGGCCAAACUAGCAAGGCAGUGACCUGUCUCUAACUCUUGCCUUACAGUUCUUUAAAUACCUUAAGCCGGAGGACGAUGAAGGGGGAAAAGAAUAGUUAAUUUUAGUGACGUUUCCACACGUGAGGUUUGGGUUUGCAUCUGCUGUGUAUGCAUUUUUAAGUACGAAGCGCCCUGGCUGACACGCGGGAUGGUUUUAUGCAGAACUGAGUUUACCUUGUAUCAUGUUGGAGCGAUAUGUAAGCAGAUCUCUUACAUAUUUCCAAUCUUAUAUUUGAUAUCUGCCCAUUACCCUGAUCUGUUUUAGACCGAGUGCCGUCCCGUGUUAAUAACUUUCGACAGCCUACCACUGAAGUCAGACUGAGGUUUGUCCUAAAAAAAAAAAUCAGCCUUGCGGUUUACAUUUGUACCGUUUUUUUUGCGUGGUGUUUGACAAUUAUGAAAUACGGAACUCUAGCAAACACAGGACAAGCUGGCAGUUUGCUUUAGAAGUGAUGUUCUGAGAGCCGAACCAGGACGUCCGUUUCCCAAUUCUUCACAUACCCGUGUGCCACUUUCAGGGGAAAUGGUCUUGCCCAAAUUGUGCCCGGGGUCGUCUUCAGGGCCUGGUCUUCGUCUGCUGUAGUGUUGGUGAAGCAUUGUGCCUGCUGUGUGGUUCUUGGGUGGAGAAGUGGCCCUUCCCUCUCGUUAGAAGCGCACAGAGUAAGGGCAUCUUUCAUGCCAAGCAGUAGCAGCUUAGUCUGCUUCUGGGUCUUGCCAGCACAGCCGUCCUUGUGGCAGCCUCUGUUGGGAAGACUUGACAAGUGGUAGCCAGGCAGGGGCUGGUGCCAGGAGGGGGCCCUUCGUUCUCCCCGCUUGUCGGGUUGCUUCUGCAGCUGGAGGGCGGUCCCCAAGGCCUUACUAGCAGACUCCACGUUGGCUACCUCUCCCCAAAGUUACUUUCGGCGUAAGUUGCCUUUUUUAUCUCUGCAGAAACCUUUGUUUUGCUUUGCCUCCGCCUGAUGCUGCCCUGCCUGACGACGCACACAUUUUGAGCUUAACCCAGCAUGCCCUGCCUCCGCAGGGAACCAGGGCUUCCGUAGCAGGUGCCCAGGAGAUGCACAAGGGGCACCCUGGGAGGGAAAGCAGCCGAGGGUCUCUGCUGUGGGAAUGCAUGCAGAAGCAAGUCCAUCAGCAAAACCUUUCUUCAGCACUGCCAAAUCCUUUUGUAAGAUCCUGCUGAAACCCCACCCCGCCCACCCACCCCCAAAUCAUGCCAAUUGGGCUAGGAGCCUCCUUCCGCAACUCGGGUGACUUGACGGCUUGGCUCUUCCCCACAGCAGCCCUUUCGCCUCCCUUCUACACGAUACUGUAGACCGCAAGCCGCAUGGGACCCAUGGAGAGGAAGGCAAAGGGCCGUUGGGCCAACUCAGUGGCUCCAUCCCAUCGCCCACUGCAGAGCCUCGGCCCAGAGUGGCCUUCGGCUGGCUUGGUGGCGGUGGCAGCCGUGGCCUUUUGCCUCAGUUAGAUGCGACACAUUCAAGUUUCAGGCAGCGUUUUGUUCGGUCCUCCAUAUUUAUGGACGAUGAGGUUGUGGCUCAAUCACCAGCUUCCUUUUAGCAAAUCCAACACUUUGCAUGGGUUUACACUGUGAUCAGCGGAUAGCUGCUUUCUGUUGAAUACUGUCCACGUUCUUUGAUGUCUUGAGCUGACACCUGUUGCUAGUCUCGUCUAAUUUUUAUAUAUAUAUUUAUAAUUUUUAACAGAUUUAAGUGACAUUCUCAUGUAAUAAAAAUGGAUUCAAGUUUUA